CUGCAGAACACAGGGAGAUCAAACGUUAACGCACUCGAGGACCAGCUGACGGAACACACGAACCAUAACCCGGGAUUGUAAUUGGAUAAUAUUCAUCCGAUCUAUUACGUGCUCGAACUUUGUUAUUCCUCAUGAUACUGUAAGAUCUUACUUCUAUGCUUACGGACCACUUAUGGUCUAUUUGCCUGAAACUGUAUUGUUUAGACAUAUAAAAGUAAAGAUUACAUUUUCCAUUUAGCUUCCUGUUUGAGUCUUCUCUAUUAUUCUUAUUUAUGUCUGUUGAGGUUUUGGUUUUCUUUAGUAUAUUAGAUGCGAGAUACGGAAUUUCACUGAUACAUAUACAGCAGUUGGGAUCGUGCCGAAUUCGUUUCGUUUCGAUAAACAGGUUGAUGUUAGGUUAGGUACAUGGGUUUAGAAUAAAGACGAUGCAGGAGUUCGACAUGGAUGAGACCAAGGGGGAGGAAAACAGGAGUCUUCUCCCCAAAAGUAUUAGACGAGUUAGGAGUGUAAGGGUCAUUGGGGGUUAUUCCACCUGGCCGGGCCUUACCGUUGCUACUCUCUUUUUCGUUUGGUGGACAUGGUCUGUUAUAUCAGGUUUAGUGAGAUCUAGAGGACCGACUCUUGAUACGACUGGGGACAGGUAUUAUGACUUUGAUGAGGUUGGAGUCUGCUCUUUUUGUUGAGUGAAUUUGGGUCGGUUGACGUAUUUUAUAGAUAUUACCAAGUGAAAAACUCAUCUGGUAUCCAUGCUUUGACGUCCCCGGAUCAUCUUUCAAAUGUGCAAGGCUUACUGUUCCGAUGGACUAUCAUCGACCACUCAAUGAAUCUGAUGAUAACCCUAAAGUACAUAUUGCGUUGAUCCUGAUACCCGGGAAUCAUACGGGGCAUAGGCAAUUCUCCAAAUCACCGUUGCUACUGAAUCCCGGCGGGCCUGGAGGUUCUGGUACACUAUUCGGUUUGGCAGCCGGACGAUCGAUUCAGAGCAUUGUUGGAGAAGAUCAAGAUGUAAUUGGAUUUGAUCCUCGAGGUGUUGGAGCAACGACACCACGAGCUGACUGUUUCUCGUAUGGUGGGACAUAUGAUGGAGCAGGAGAUGAUCAGGCACGAGGAGAUUACCACAGAACGCUUUUUGCGGCCUCAGGGCAAGGGAUUGGUUUGGCUAAUUCGAGUUCAACAGCGUUGCGGCAUCUUGAUGCACGUGCAAAAUCUGUGGCGAAAUUGUGCGCGGAAAAGGAUUCUCUGAAUGGAAAUAAUAGCAUUUUCCGACAUGCGGGAACACCAAGUGUUGCAAGGGAUAUGAUUAGCAUUAUAGAUGCGUGGGAUGAAUGGACAUCGAAUAUAGAAGAAUCAUUAGACUUUGAUUCUACUAAUUUUGAUCCUUCUGAUGAGAUAGAGUCCAAUGAUAAUUCCGAGGGAGCAGGUCUAGAAACGAAGAGUAAGUUACUGUAUUGGGGCUUCAGCUACGGGGUAAGUGCCUUCGGUCUCGGAGCGAUAGUUUUGGAGUGAUAAUUGCUGAUGUUUCCAGACACUUCUUGGAUCUACCUUUGCAGCUAUGUUUCCGGACAGAGUAGGUCGGCUUGUCCUGGAUGGGGUUGUUGAUGCCGAUCAUUACGUGGCUCCUAUUUGGCUAGAGAGUCAGCGUGAUACCGAUAAAGUGUGGUCAUCGUUCUUUAAAUACUGCCAAGAGGCGAAAUCUUCGUGUCAAUUCUACAGAGCCAACAACGAGAUAGCCGAUAUCGAAGAGAGGUUCAAGUCUGUUAUGAGAACUCUGAAAGAGAACCCAAUGUCUCUUGUUCUGAAGGAUACCCUAACACCUUUUCUUAUGACAUAUUCGGAUGUCAAAUUGCUCAUUUUCGGGGCGCUGUACGCCCCAAUACAGGGAUUUCCAUCUGUUGCUCAAUUGCUUGACAAUCUGGAACGUAGCCUCGGUGAUUGGUUCGAGCUCACCCCAACCCCGCUGUCAUACGAUCUCAAACCUGUCUGCGAACAUGCUCAGCCACGGUGGAGUUAUCCUAACGACGCGCAGAAAGCCAUUUUUUGCAGUGACAAGAAGUACCCAGUAAGCGUACCAUAGUACAUAUUCCGAUCAACAUUCUAACAUGUACUAUAGCUUAAUCACACAUUCCCCGAAAUUGAAAGCAUGUUUAAAGACCUAGAAGCGCAGUCGGUAUUUGCGGAUGCAUGGAUGUCAUUCAUGAUCCAGUGUUCUGGAUAUAACAUCGAAAGUAUUGAUCCCCCUAUGCAAUGGGAUAACCAUCCAGCACACAGGCAAAAGCCAAUUAAAACGGCAUUUCCAUUGCUUUAUAUUAGCAAUAGUGCAGACCCUGUUACACCACUAAUUGCGGGUGUGAAGAUGGCCACAAAGUUCGCGGACGCGGGGUUCUUCGAGCAACAAUCCGGAGGGCAUUGCACUAUAGCUGUGAAAUCUAGAUGCACGAUCGAGAAAAUAAGGGCAUACUUCCGCGAGGGGAAAGUCCCCGAUCCACCCAAACUAAAGGGGAAAGGAACGGAUCUUCUUGAUGGCGAUUGGGAAAGAUGUCCGACUGAUGAAUGGCCAUGGCAUGAAUAUCAAUCAAGUGCACAGGCCGCAAACGAGAUAGAGGCUGCAGAAAUAGGGCGGAUAGAUGCAUGGGGCGGCAUACGUGAUGCUUUCGCGCAAAUCGAUGUUUGGGGCGCGAGGGGAUCCAAGAAACUCGGGAUUGCAUUGUGAUUUAGCGUAGAUUGAUAUAUAUUGGCUUAAGCGGGAGUUUGCUGGGACGUACAUACACAUGGGCAUUGAUUGGAGAGCUACUUAUCUCCCUGUCCGAAUAGAAUCAUCCAAAGACCUUCAAACAUUCAAUUUUUUUUUAUUGUUGGAACGGUGGACUUAAUGAACGAGGCAAGCACAACGUGAAAAACCAACUCGAAUUUCAUGAUUGGGGAGCUUGAUGUAAUGUCUCGUGUGAAUUUACAGGGCGAGGAGGGGUGUUGAGAUUCAUGGUUGCAGUCCAUGUAAGAAGGGACCGAGGAAGGAAGAGGUAUAUAUACUAUCCAAGACAAAACAUCUUGCUAACUAGUGCCAGUUUUAUAUAUCUCUAGAUUCUCAUAGUAAUUAAAGGUGGUA